AUGAUCAUUUCCCACUCCCACACCAUCCUGAUAGGAUUUUUGACCAUUAUAGUCAUAUUAAGUUAUGUGAAGGUUGCCGAAGCUGGCACAGGAUUGGAUCUAGGACUAAUAUCCUUGCCGGCAACGAGCCAGGUUUGCCAGUGCUCCUUGACGAUGUCCUGCAGCUGUUGCCAGGGAGUGACGGUCAAUCUAAUGAAUCAAACCAGUACUCUUUGCCUCACCGUCAAGAUUGGCUUAACCAGUGGAUCCGUUGAUUUGGGGGCUACAAUGGAUGGCAAUUCGGUGGCCAAGUUUUCGAUUAGCACCACGAAACCGCCCACAUAUUGCCUACCAGUGGUCUCGAUGGCUUCCCUGGACAUGUGCUUGAAAAUAAAUUUCAAGAUGGCAGGAGUCGCGGUCAAGGCCUGCCCCACCAUCUAUACCAACUAUGCCAGCAAUCAGAUCGUGAGCUACGAUUUUCCCUGCAUUCAGGUGGGCCUGGAUGGCGUGAGCCUGGCCUAG